ACACCUCGUCUUUUUUCUCUUAAAAAAACUGUUUGGAUAUCGUCUACAGAUGCGAUGUCAAAUGUUAAACCAGUUUGUGUUUUUUGUGGUAGUAAAAAAGAUAAAAUAAUUUUAUUCAAUCAAGAACGUUUAGAUAAAUGUCUUGGUAUAUUGAAAAUUCGCCAAGCCAAUAACUUGGUGGGGUAUAAAGUAAAGUUGAAUCCUUUAAAUAAAAGUGAAGGUUAUCAUUCAAAAUGUUUGAACAAUUUUACUGCACUUAAAGCAAAAUAUAAACAAUGUUAUGUUAAAAGUGAACUUAAUUUACCAGGACAUUCAGCAGCUGUGGUUAUACGUGAGAACAUUGAAGUAAACGAAGUAUCCGAGCAAACCUUAGAAGAACCUGAAAAAUCAAUCUGUGACUCCUCAAUCGCUGCGUCAGAACAUAAUUGCGUUGGUUUGGCUGAGCAGGAUAACAAAUCAGUAGAAUCUUCUGAAGAACGAGCUCAAGAAAAAGAAAUCGAACUUAAAAAAUGUAUUUUCUGCAAAUUAGAGCGAAAAAUAUAUAAGGGUCGCAUAAGCAAUUUGCAUACUUGUACUAAGGAGGAUUCCAUUGACAAAAUAAAAGCUAAGGCAGUGGAGUUAAAAGACUCAAAUUUGAUGAUGGAAAUUGACAAUCGAUUGUUGCAAAGACAACCCAUUCUUUAUCAUACAAUUUGUUUUGUUCGAGCAAAUGACCGAUUAAGAACGAUAAAAAAUGCACAGAAACGCAAAUAUGCAAAGUGACAAUGAAGAAGUUGAUGAAAAAUCAAGGCACAACCCAUUCAGGACUAGCGAAAAUGCAGAUGAAGAAAAUAAUUUAUGUUUAAUGGAAGUGCCGAAAAUGUGAUGUCCAGCAUUUUUGACUUA